GAGCGGCUGUUGGAAUGACACGGUGACCCGCAGUCACGAUUGUUCACCAUUCAGAAAAUAUAGCGGCUCAGCGCUCAGCAAUGAUGCGGCAUAGUGGAGGUAACACCACGGAACCCGUCUCACGGUUUCACUCUUUGUCAACAACCACUUCCGUCUCAUCCUUGCCAGGCAUGGUUCACGGAGAAGAACGAACACCCCUCGUAAAUCAAAGCGACGUUGAGGCGGGUCAUAUGACUCGCGUCCAGUACGGCUCUUCUUCUAUGAUAACUUCUGCUUCUGGUGUCAAGUUGCCAGCGGAUACCAGCAAGCGGAACUCGAUGUUUAAGAAACGAGUUCGAUAUUAUGUUCCGUCCACCGCAUGGAUACCUGACUAUUCGAUUUCCCUCUUGGGUGGCGAUCUUCUAGCCGGUGUCACUCUUGCGGCUAUGCUCAUUCCCCAAUCUGUCAGUUAUGGAACUUCACUUGCGAAGCUAAGUCCUACAACUGGUUUGUUCGCUGCUGCCCUACCGCCGAUCAUGUACAGUCUUUUGGGAACGUCAAGACAACUCAAUGUUGCUCCAGAGGCUGCGCUUUCACUCCUCGUAGGACAAGCAGUUUCCGAUUAUCGUCGUGGGGAUCAUCAUGUUCGUCCUGAAGACGCCGAUGCCGUCGGUAUCGCAGUUUCCACUGCCAUCACUUUCCAGGUUGGCCUAUUUGCAUCAAUGCUUGGAUUCUUUCGGCUGGGCUUCCUAGAUGUUGUCCUCAGUCGUGCGCUCCUCCGAGGAUUCGUGACUGCAGUUGCAGUUGUCAUUGCGGUAGAACAAUUAAUACCUAUGUUUGGCCUCGCUGUCCUAGAGAAACAGAUGAAUCCCGCGUCAACCUUGGACAAGAUAAUUUUUCUUCUAGAAUUUUCAUGGAGUGAUUUCCACGAACCGACGACGCUGGUCAGCUUCGGGGCGUUGUUCGUGCUCAUAUUCAUGAGAACUUUCAAAGGUUACUUCAGACGAACUUGGUGGAUCGAACGGCUCCCUGAAGUCCUGCUCGUUGUUGUGCUCUCUACAAUUAUCUCAGGCUAUCUGCGUUGGGACAAAAAAGGUGUCGAUAUCCUCGGCAUAAUACCUAUCAAAACUGGCGGUGAUUUCUUUAGCUUUCCGCUGAAACAAUCAAUAGGCUACAUCAGAGGAACGACUUCGACGGCAGUUUUGAUAACCAUCAUGGGUUUUUUGGAUAGUACUGUUGCAGCGAAGCAGAAUGCCGAUCGCUUUGGCUACUCUAUCAGUCCGAACCGUGAACUCGUUGCACUUGGGGCUGCAAACCUUUUUGGAUCUUUCGUUCCUGGCACAUUGCCAGCAUUUGGUUCAAUCGUGAGGUCGAAGAUUAAUGGCGACGUUGGUGCGCGUACGCAAUUGGCCUCCCUCGUUACUGCUGGCAUAACACUGGGGGCGACAUUCUUCCUUCUCCCGUAUUUAUACUACUUACCGAGAUGUGUCUUGGCAUCGAUCAUCUGCCUCUUUGUGAUAUCACUGUUCAGCGAGGUCCCCCAUGACCUAAUGUAUUAUUGGAGGAUCAGAGCCUGGACGGACCUUGCAAUGAUGUUUCUCACUUUCUCGCUAUCUGUCAUCUGGAAUAUCGAGAUUGGCAUCAUUGUCAGUCUCAUCAUCUCUUUGCUACUUGUUAUCAAGCGUUCCUCGCACACACGAAUGAUUAUACUGGGACGCAUUCCUGGCACUGAUCAAUGGGGACCCAUUACUGACAAUCCGGGCGCUGAAGAUGUUCCUGGCAUAUUGAUCAUCCGUAUCAGAGAGAGCUUGGAUUUCGCUAACACGGCACAGUUGAAAGAGCGUCUUCGUAGACUGGAAUUGUAUGGCCAAGAAAGAACUCACCCUUCAGAAGAGCCAAGGAGACAAGCCGCAAGCACACUGGUAUUCCACAUGGCAGACGUCGAAACAUGUGAUGCCUCUGCAGUGCAGAUCUUCCAUGAGCUGUUGGAGACGUAUCAGAAUCGUGGCGUCGAGCUCUUUGUAACUCACCUCCGUUCUGGUCCUCGACAAAUGUUCGAACGCGCAGGUAUUGUGGAGCUCCUAGGCUCCGAGGCAUUCUUUGCCACCUUGGGAGAUGCUAUGACCAGCAUUGGGCAGCGAUGAAGGGUCCAAAUUGCAAUUUGCAUGUGGUUGUUUGACGAAGACUUACGACUUUGACGACCUGAUUUUGACGAAGGCAUCGGGCACAUAGAAUAUGGCGGCGCUUGGGAGUAGAUAGUAUAUACAUAUGUAUUUAAUACGCUUAUGUGGCUUCUGGGUUGCGAUGUUGAAACUCGAGAAGUGAAGUCAGCACCUAUUAUGACAUCCUUCGAUCGGCUU